UAUGUCUUGUACUUUGAUCGUGUGUUUUGGGCAGAGAUCAGACUGCACGAUUUCAAGGACUGGUUUAUGAAAUGCAUAGUGAUAUUCUCUGUGAAAUUAUUAUGCCCUUAUUCUGCGGAAGUUCGGUUUUAACAUGAAAUUUGUUAACUAAAGAAAAAAAGUUAUUUUCGCAUGACAGGCCUUCUGUAUAUUUACACACCCUAAUUUUGACAUUUCUAUUAACUUGUGGUCGACGAAAGUGAUAACAAGAGAAAUCUAGAGGUGUUAGCGUGAAAUGCGUAAUUUUUACAAGAGUGAAAUUGCCGCUCGAAGAAACAAACCAAAAUGGCAACCAAGUGCGUGUGUGUUUCCGAUUAUCAAAUCGAAAAGACUAUUGGCAAGGGUAAUUUUGCAGUGGUGAAGCUCGCAACACACUCAAUAACAAAAUCCAAGGUUGCUAUUAAAAUAAUUGACAAAACUAAAAUAGAUGCAGAAAACCUGAGAAAAAUUUUACGGGAGAUAGAGAUCCUCAAGAAGCUGAGGCACCCAUACAUCAUCCGCCUUUAUGAAGUUAUGGAAACAGAGCGCAAGAUCUUCCUGGUCACAGAAUAUGCCAGCUACGGGGAGUUAUUUGACUAUGUUGUAAAUAAUAAGAGAAUGAUAGAAAAAGAAGCAAGAACCAAAUUCAUGCAGAUUGUUGCAGCACUGCGCUAUUGUCACAAACGUGGGAUUGUCCACAGAGAUCUCAAAGCAGAAAAUUUACUCUUAGAUAAAGAUCUUAAUAUCAAGCUGGCAGAUUUUGGCUUCAGUAAUUUCUAUACUCCUGGUGUCUUAUUAUCAACAUGGUGUGGCUCACCUCCUUAUGCUGCUCCAGAACUUUUUGAAGGCAAGGCAUAUGAUGGUCCAAAGGCAGAUAUAUGGAGUUUGGGAGUUAUAUUGUAUGUCCUGGUGUGUGGUUACCUGCCUUUUGAUGCAAAUACCCUGCAUACCCUACGAUCAAUUGUUGUAGCAGGGAAAUUUAGAAUACCUUUCUUCAUGUCUGCAGAAUGUGAGAAUCUGAUAACAAAGAUGCUGCAAGUGGAUCCAGACAGAAGAAUAAGUAUAGAGAGGAUAAUGCAGCAUAAAUGGAUAACACAGGAAAGUCUUGAUCCAAGAAUUGAUGAAGUGUUACAGCAUUACAAUACUCCAGAGAGUGACAAUCCUCCUCCUGACAAUGUUCAAGUAAUAGAGCACAUGACACACAAUAUUCCUAGCCUCGAUAGGGAGAAAAUCCUUCAGUCCGUGCAUGGGGCAAGGUUUGAUCGUAUUAGUGCCAUAUAUAAUCUUCUUGAGGAACAACUGAUAGAAUCAGCUGCAUCUUCCCCUUCGAUAGCCUUGUACCCACAGCCACUCCCAGUUGUUCCCACACAUCACAGAAAGUCAUCCAUUACCACAGGUUUUGUAGACAGAAGUCCAGUGUCAGACACUGAAGAACCUGCACAAGCUGUACCACUCUUCCCCUGUUCCCCUCUUCCUCCUAACCCACCCAUUGCCUACGACCCUUUCCAGGCCUCUUCCUCUUUUGAGAAGUAUGGUGAGCCUGAUGUAAGUGGGGAAUCUGACAAUGAUGAACCCAACCAGCGGUCUGUGGAUCAGUAUCGGCACUCUAGGAGACACACAGUUGGUCCAGGAGAUACUCAUCAUGAAGAGGUGAGAGGUCAGCUCCAGUUAUUUGGCCCAGGAGGAUGCGUUGUGGGCACCCACCAACAACCACCUGUGUCCAUCUUGCCUCAGACCAAUCUUCCACAGAACCUCCCUCUGGUGCAGGAUUUGCCUCCACAGAACUUCUCAACAAAAGAUCAACAUCUGUUGAAACCACCUCCAUGCAUGGGUACUGGCAGUGGCUUAGGAAGACGUGCAUCAGAUGGAGGGGCCAAUCUACAAAUGUACUUCCAGCGGCAGUUUGAAGGAGGUUGGAGUCAUCCUAAUAGUCAAGAACAAAUUACACAGAUGGGACUUGGGGUAAGAGGGAUGGGUGGCCACUCGCAGCCUCUGCCUCAACAGGAAGACGAGCAAAUUGUUGUGCACAAAGAUGAGAUUGAUCCUUUAGACGUUGCUAAGUACAUAUCAGGCAGAGGUGGUAGUCAGAGAGCCACUUUGCCUCUGGUGGGACCAAAAGAUGUUCAGGAGGCCCAGAGAAAGAUGACGCCCAAUAGAUCACGGAGAACAGGCCUUCUCACUGUGACUGAAAGACCCCCUGUAAUAACUCCAGAACUAAGAAUGGAAGUAGAGGAACGUAUGAAACGACCCUACGUUCCGUCUCAUCUUCAAGUGCUUUAUUCUAAUGCAUCAAUGGGGAAUACUCAGUUAAAUCCCAGCCAAGUCACAGGGGGCAUAACAACUGGCAUCCCUCCAUCACCAAGUGCAAAUGCCACUGUUACACCAGGCAUCGUAUCAGGCAUUCCCCAUCCCCACACUCCCAAAAGACCUCCGAAUCCUAUUCAUCAACCGCACAAUCUGUCGGGCCAUCCUUUCCUCAGCUACAGCUGCUGUUCCACAUCCCUAACAAUGUCCUCAUCCUCUCCUUCGUUUUGUUCACAUGCGUCCUCAUAUUCCUCUCCUAAUUGUACAUCUUCUUCUUCCUCCUCAUCGUGUUCCUCGUCCUCUUCUUCCUAUUCCUCCUCCUCCACUACCCCAGGAAUAAUCUCAGGUAUCCCACCCCAUAACAACAACAACAUCAACAACAACAAUCCCAGGCCAAAACAUACGAGAAAGAGAAAGACCGGCCUUGCCACAGUCUUGGAAAAUAACAGGCUAGAUUCGUCAACGCCAGAUGAAACAGGUUGCGUCAUAGUGGGUCGAGACAACUACAAGGACCCAAUGUAUCUAACGUCAGAUCGAUAUUCUCUGGUCAACAACGCUCGCCGCGCUUCUGAUUCCACCAUCACUCACAUUAGCCUCUCUAACAUAUAUCAAGAAUUCCAGAAGUUACAGAAGGACAGCGGAGUGACAGAUCCAGCCAUACAAGCAGAGCUUCAGCGGGGUCACUCUCUCCACUGGAUGGGAGUCACCUCCUCCAGCCCAGCAUCCUGCCAACAUGGAGGGGCAUCCCCAGCACAAGGGAGCAUCUCCCCAUGUCCACCCACAUCCAUGCAUGGGGGAUCCAUAGCUGGGGGGUCACCCUGCCGGUCCCCGCACCCCCCAUCUCCGAGCCAGCACCACCCGCAAACUAUCCCGUUGAUAUCACCGACACCAUCACCGCCAGUUCCCCCGACGACCCCUCCAUCAAUACCAAGUUCACCUCUACACCACAGUGGGAGUAGCAUAGAGGGAACAGCUCUCAGUUUAAGUCGUCUACAGCUCCAUCCUCCCUCUUCGCCUAGUGGACCUCGCAGCCCUUCUCAUCGUCAGUCUCCACCCCUGGUAUUGUCUCCACAGCCUUCUUCCCCUGCAUCCUUGUUAAGUCCUGGUGCUCCACUAUCUCCCCCACCUCCGGGCCAUGUACCUCGGUCUGGGCCCUCCCCUCCUCCGUUGGGAUUGGACAGCAUAAAGGAGGAGCCUCCAAGAGGGUCUCGUGUACCUCAUCGCAACCCAAGCAUUGUACAUAAUUUCACACAAAACCCUCAGAUAUCCAUCACUGACGAGAGUGGAGGUCAGAUCAUCAUUGCUUCAUCAUCAGAUUCGUCCCCAGAUAUAUCAGAUGACAUGGAUUCUUCCCCAUUCCCAUCUCCGCUGUCUCCUGACCCUGUGAACAUAUUUUCACCACUGUCCUCCCAACGCUUAUUCAAAGGUUUAAGUCUUGAUUCCUCGCCGUUGCCGUAUGUAGGGCAAUAUGAUACGCAAGCACCCUCAAUAACUCGAGGAACUGCUGGUUUAAUUGCAUCACGAAGGUCUCCAGCAGAUAAUAACAACGUCCAUAGAGCUCGUAAUGAACGUAACUUGGUUAGACAAAAUGCCAUAACUGGACCUCCACAUCACCACAUGCUUAUCACUAGCAUGGAAUAUAGGCACAGCUUUCCACCAUUCCCUAAUGGAGGAACGGGUGAAAGUGACACAGAAAUGGCAGAUGUAAGUCCAUCGGGGGAUAGAUCACCCCUGGGGGAACACAAUAUUAUAGAACUAGAAUUGCCUAAAACAGGAAGUGGCUCUUUUGUGAUAACACUACCAAACAAGUGGUCAGGCAUGGCUCAGCAAGAUUUAGUAGGUAACAUAAUGGACAUGCUUGAAAGACGAGCCCCUUCCAUAGUCUCAGAAGGUGUACGAGACUGUGGUCUCUCGGUGCGGGACCCAACUGGGGCCCAGGUGGACUUGGAGGUGCAUGAGGGUCCUGCUGCAGACUCUCGUGCUCUUAAAUUGAGGAGAGUGUCGGGAGAUGAUCUUCAGUAUAACCAACUCUGCCAACAACUUAUAGAUUGUAUGAAAACCUAGCAGUGACUUUUUAUUUACUAAGUGUGAUGUGGAAUCUUUUAUGUAUGCUGGUACUUCAGAAUUGAGUGUGUGUGAGAUCUUCAGAAUGUCAGAUUAAAUAAUUGUAGCCAUGAGUAGUGCUUGAGGAAAACUUUUUUUUAGCUAUAAUAAUGGACUUCAGACUUAUAUUUUUUUCUAUCUAUACAGCACAGAAGCCAUAAAGCCAAGAUAGUCCUUGUAGGGGCACUGCUCAGGGCCUCAAUUUUUUUUUUUUUUUCUUCUUUUUUUCUUUUUUCUAAAUUCCAUAUUGAAUUCUUUAUUUGUUGAAUUGAUUCUUAAUUAUUCUAAAUAGGCAGUGGAGUUGCAUUAAAAUGUUUUUGGUUAAAUAGGCUAUUGAUGAAGGAAGCUUGUUAGCUUUACAGUUGAGGGUGAUUAUAGUCCUCAGUUAACUGUCUAUUUAGUAUAAUUUAUCAGUUAUGAUUGUGUAUGUAUGUUGUUAUAUUAUAGAAAGGUAUUUCACCUUUAGAUGUUAAAAUAGUUAUUAAGGAUUUCUCAGUGUCUUUCAGGAUUUACAGCCAUUAUUUCUUUUUAGAAUUGUAUUAUCUGAAAAUGACAUUAUUGAACUAUGGAAGCUGCUGCAGACAUUUCUGCAUUUCAAGUGCAUAUUAAUCCAUUUAAUUCUCUACAAGUUGCCUUCUGGACUGCAAUCCAUUGUUGUGGUUACUCUGCUCUUUAUUCAUAAUUUAGGGUAACAAUACUAAACUUAUGGCA